AUGGCGUGCGACUGUUGUCUACUUUAUACAGCAAUAGAAGACGAUAAUGAAAAAUUAGUUUUACAUUUGUUAAAGUCCGUUAAUAUCAACCAGAAAAAAUGCAAGGAUUAUUCUCUGUUAUCCUGGGCGAUUAUGAUGGAAAAUAUAAAAAUGGUUAGAUUACUUUUAGACCAAGGAGCCAGUCCUGAAAAUCCAGAUAAAGAAUUUUAUCCCAUCCAUCACUCCGUGUGUAUCGGAGCAUUAGACAUUUUCAAGCUAUUGCUUGAAUAUGGUGUUGAUAUAAACCAAAGAACAGUUUUCGGAAGUCAUUCUAUCCAUUUAGCAGCUCGAUAUGAUCGGAUUGAAUUCUUGGAAUAUCUAUUUGAAGAAGGGGUAGAUACUAACCUCAACGAUAGAUGCGAGACAACCCCUCUGUUUAGUUCCAUUAUCAACGGGCAAAUACGUGCUUUUAGAUUCCUUAUUAACCAUGGAGCUAAUGUUAACAAAAUCGACAGAUACGGUAAUAGCCCUUUACAUUUUUCCGUUGGAUUUAGUUUUAAAACAAUAACAGAUUUACUAAUACGAAAAGGAGCUGUAAUAAAUAGAAGAAAUUUCUCCGGAUUGACUCCUCUUCAUUUAGCAGCACGUUAUGGUCCGGUAGAAAUGUUGAAACUUCUAUAUGAAGCUGGCGCUGAAUGUAAAUUAACUGGAAAAUGCAGACAUUACAGCCCAUUACAUCUAGCGGCUGAUUCAGGAAAUAUUGAAAUACUAGAUUAUUUUAUAAGCAAAGGGGCGGAUGUGAAUUUCCAAACUGAACAAGGGUAUAGUCUUCUGCAUGCUGCAGUUCGAAAUAAUCAUCCUAAAUUAGCGCUCUAUUUGAUCGAUCAUGGAGCUGACGUGAAUGCUACUACUACAAAUAAGAAUUAUAGCGUUUUGGAUUUUGCCGCGCGCUCUGCAAAUCCUUGUACUUUAAAUAUUCUAAUACAAAAUCUGGCGAAAUUUGAUGUGAAAUCUAAUGGAAAUUGUCGACUUUUGGAGUUAUUACCUACAGCUUUAUAUCAGUACGAUUCUGUUUCCGAUAUCAAAAAACUUCCAGAAUGUCUCCGAUCUAUGGAGAAGUGCAAUCCUGUGGGAUUAGCUACCAAGGCGUGUUUUUCCCGAAGACAACAACCUACAGAAAUUCAAGAUCAAUAUCCUUUUGUGCUUGCCGAGCAAUUUUUGCAACACCUCCUCGAUAGGCAGACUUAG